AGAUAAAAAAUGACUACCAUGCGACUACUGAGUAUUGCUCUUGUACUUAUCGCCGGAAUUAGCGUUUAUGCUGCCGAGGGUCCUUUGGCCACAGCUGGCGAUGCAUCACAGAAUGUUGCCAAUACCGUAGGAGAUAAAAUCGGGAACGCAGCAGAAUCUGUGAAGAAUGCUGCCAAGAACGCAUAUGAUGUGAUAACCGGGAAAGCCAGAGAAGGCACUGACGCUGCCAGUGACAAACUCGAAGAAGCUAAACAAAAUGCAGGCCAGAAAAUGGAAGAAGGAAAAAAUAUGGCCAAAGAAAAGUUGGAUCAAGGAAGACAAGCCAUGAAUAACAAGGCCGACGAAGCCAAAAACGUGGCCAGUGAGAAAUUGCACCAAAGUGGUGAUGCUAUCAAGCCUCAGACUCUGUGAACCGAAAUGACGUUUCCUGGAGCA